GAAAGAAAAAUGUCGGCAGUUGGCAGCCGCCGUUUCUAGCCGAGAAGACCGACAAAGAUCUGGCUAAAAUCGCGGUGCAUCCUCGCACGCGAAUGCCGCAUCACGCGUGCCGAAACCUCCGGCGUCAUUGUAAAUACUUGUGAAUAGUGUAUUUAGUUUUAGUUUUACGACAACGUGCCGCUAAGCGAUAGAAAAAAACCGCGUAAAAUUCUGUACUGUGAGUUGCGGAUUUCCGCAUAGCGUCUAUCUAACGUAUCCCGGAACUGUUUCAUCUAACACCGUGCUAAAUAUACGCCGAUAAUAACCCGUGCCCCUGUUUAUUCCACUCCCAAACCAUCGAGGCAUUUGGUAAUAAGUGAAUAUUCAACCGGAAAAUCUAAACUCUCAAAAAUCUCUUUGUGUUUUCGUGUUGUCAAAAAUUAGUCGGGGCUGCCAUUGCUGGUUGGUUGCCUGCUACCGCUGUACCCCCUUCGCUGUUGGAAAUGUCAUGCUAGCCGCGAAAAUAAUGGUUUUAAAUUAACAGAUACUCGUGCACGUUGUCUAUACGGUUUUUCAAUCUUAAAUAGUGUACAAAUCACGUUCAAAGUGUUUGACAAGGCUAUGAAGUGGCUACCAGGAGGCGGGGGCGAACCGGCACCCCCCAUACAGUUACACCACCCCUCUGCCAAUGGCCACAUACCCACCGAGGCAGAACAAUGUGCGCAAAUCAUGGCAGGUGGAGACGGGGUGCGCAUACAGUCUGGUCAGACUCCCCAAAUGGGGGUUGGCAGAGCUCAGGAUGACGCUAUGGUCGGAUACGUACUUCAAAGACCAACGGAGUCAGACUACAAUGCUCAGACUUCGAGUUAUCAAACAAAACAACCAGCUAGAGCUUGGGCUCUUGCCGAUGAUGCCAUCAUCGAUAAUAACCAUGACAAGUGGAAAUAUCCAAUGACCAAGCUUGGUGUGCCACAACAAAGCCAACCCCAGCAACUUGGUUUGCAAGCAAUGAACAACGUUCAUCUGCCCUAUGAAUUACAUCCGAUGCAAUUAAAGAGCGGAGGUCCAGGAGCAGAGCAUCUAGUUUACCUCAACAAUCAAAUGACGCCUCAGCAUCAAGUUGCUUUGUUUCAUCACCAGCAACAGCAGCAACAGCAGCAACAGCAGCAGCAGCAGCAGUAUAGAAAUGGGCAGAUCGCACCCUCGGCAAAAAAACUUUGGGGCGUAGACGAAGGCGGUUCCAAAGAUGAUGGGGGUGUUAAAGGUGGUGGGAUACUUCACUUGGGAGAUCACCAGAUGUGGCGGGAUUCUACGUGGAGUACGUCAGACAAUGCCGUCUCACAACCGAUCUCGAUGGGGACCGGAAGACGAGUUGGUGUUGGGACCGGCUACCACCAUCAGACUUCAGAAGUUGGGGCGGUUCUCAGUCCCAGGAGCAGUGGGCUAUUUUUCAGCGAAACUGGUGGUCUCGGUGUCAAAAUGGUGGAAUACGUUUUAGGAUCAAGCCCCACAACCCCUAAGGAUUUGGAACCUCGGAUGGGAGCACUAAGAUUGAACGCAGACGGAGACAAGAAGGAGAAAGAGAAGGGUUCCGCGAGCCCCUUCGAUGGUUCUAAGGACGACAACGGGCCCCAGGGCAACGGACUGGGCCCACAGAAUGGCCUUGACGAUGACAAAGGAUUUAAUCGAACGCCCGGUAGCAGACAACCUUCCCCGGGAGAGGAAGAAUUCCAGAAGAACGUUUCGGCGACCCUGGCCGUGUCGACGGGGGCUGGAGGAGUCGUGCUUCUCAAACCGGGGGUCGAUGUAGUCGGUAGCGAGGAGCAUUUCAUGGCCGCUUUUGGUCCGGCUCCGCAUCACUUACAGCAUCAUCAAGCCCCACCGGCGCACCAUUUACCUCAUCCACAUUCUCACGCAGCUCAACUAUUCAGCGCUCAGGGCCCACCCCCCCAACAAGGACCUCCACCCUCGCAACAACAACAACACCAACAACAACAGCAACAGCAACAACAAGGCCAAUUGCAGCCACAAGACACUGCCACACCUUUCGACGUCCAGCAACUGUUUCGCAGCCAGCAACAAGCUGCGACACCGCAACAGAUUCAACUUUUACAGCAACAACAGCAACAACAGCAGCAGCAAUACUUGGCUGCAUCUCAGGCACAACAACAACAACAGCAACAACAAAAUUUCCCCACUGCCCCAUACACUGUAAUCAGUGGACAGGAGCCUUAUGUUGGAGCAUUGAUUACUGGAGCAGCACCUGUCGUUCCCCAGUAUUAUGGAGUUGGACCUUGGGUAUAUCCCGCUGGCUUACUCCCGCAAGCUCCGCCACAGGCUGCUGCUCCUCCACCUCCAAGAAGACCCUUGACACCUUCUUCUGCUGCAGCGGCUGCAGUUGCUGCCCAGGAUACAGCAAACAACUUGGCUCAAACGGUUCAGGGCCAGUACCAGGUGAUACCUGCUUAUUAUGAUCAAAAUGGAUCCAUAGUAAUGGGAGGCGUUCGUGGGUUGGGGUCAGCUGCAACUCCGAUGCGACUAGUUAGUCCCGCACCCGUUCUUGUCAACAGAGCACCGUCCCAACCUCAGCCAGGUCCUCCGGCACCACCACCACCGAGUCUAUAUUCUCAACCUACUCCAACGUCACACAGCAACGCUGCACCAGGAGAAUGUCUAGGUCUGGCGUGCAGUGCGGCAGCUGCAGUGGUGCAGGCACAAGCAGUUGCGGUGCAACAAGCACAACAACAAGGCUCUGGAUUAGCUGCUGGCUUAGCAGCACUAGGGUAUGGCGGGUCCCCGCUAGGUGCACUUGGGUCUCCCGCCCAACUACAGACUACAGGAUUAGGUCUGGGAGCCUCGUCCACCGGCAGGCGAGAUUCAUUUGAUAGAAACACAUCAGCCUUCAGUCCGAGUCUAGAAUACAGCAGAGCCAAAUGGCCGCAAAGCUAUGGCGCGCUUGGAACGGUAACGGCAUCUCCGAGUCCCCUUGGGCUAUCACUGACUCCGCCUCCAGCUCUGGGAGGAUCAUUGGGUGGAUUAGUAGGUGGUGCAAGUCGUGUCUCUGCUGCUCCUGGUGCAGAGGCAAAGUUCCGAGCUAGUGCAGUUCCUCCUCUGACAGCUAAUGGUGUUUUUGGAUCCAGUAGCUCACUCUUUCCGAAUCUUGUCGGAAAACCAGGUCGCAGCGGCGCGACCGGAGUUGGAGAUAAGGGUGCUGGUGGACGGUCUCGUUUGCUCGAAGAUUUCAGGAACAACCGAUUUCCAAGUCUACAGUUGCGUGAUUUGGCCAACCACAUAGUGGAAUUCAGCCAAGAUCAACAUGGCUCAAGAUUCAUUCAGCAAAAACUAGAACGAGCUUCUGCUGCCGAAAAGCAACUAGUAUUUCAGGAAAUCUUAGCAUCUGCCUAUGGAUUGAUGACUGAUGUUUUUGGAAACUAUGUUAUACAAAAAUUCUUCGAAUUUGGUACACCUGAACAAAAAUCUACACUCGCCCAGAAGGUUCGCGGUCAUGUUCUACCCCUAGCACUGCAAAUGUAUGGAUGUCGAGUGAUUCAAAAAGCUCUCGAAUCAAUCGGUCCUGAACAACAACAGGAAAUAGUACGCGAGUUGGAUGGUCAUGUCCUGAAAUGUGUGAAAGACCAAAAUGGAAAUCACGUUGUUCAGAAAUGUAUCGAAUGUGUCGAACCUCGCGCUCUUCAGUUCGUUAUCGGAGCAUUUGCCGGCCAAGUAUAUUCGUUAAGCACUCAUCCUUACGGCUGUAGAGUCAUUCAACGUAUACUGGAACAUUGUACACCAGAACAAACCCAGGGAAUCUUGCAGGAACUACAUACUGCUACUGAUCAACUUAUUCAGGAUCAGUACGGGAAUUACGUUAUUCAACACGUGCUCGUUCGAUGUUUUUCAGAACAUGGAAAACCGGAAGAUAAAGCUCAGUUGAUCGGAAGCGUCAGAGGAAAAGUGUUGGCACUAUCUCAACAUAAGUUUGCCAGUAAUGUCGUUGAAAAGUGUGUGACUCAUGCUACUAGGCAAGAGCGAGCCGUACUUAUAGAAGAAGUUUGCGGCUUCAAUGACAAUGCUUUGAAUGUUAUGAUGAAAGAUCAAUACGCUAACUACGUGGUUCAAAAGAUGAUUGAUGUAGCAGAACCUGCUCAACGCAAAGUCUUGAUGCAUAAAAUAAGACCACAUCUUGGGAGUCUCCGCAAGUAUACAUAUGGAAAGCAUAUAAUUGUAAAACUUGAGAAAUUCUUUAUGAAAACUGCAUCUGCUAUGGGUGUUACAAACCCGUCUAAUACAUCUGCCGGAGCCGGAGAUCUCGGACCCAUCGGCCCCCCAGCUUCCGCUGCCGGUUCAGUUUCAGCUCCAGCCCAACAACCUACUCAGGUUUUAUAAAUAUGACACAAAUUCUUCGCACAUCCCAAACACAAUUCAUUACCCAUCGAAUACUAUUUCGCUUCUGCAGUAUUACAACUCAAAAAUAGAAAUGAAUUUGUCACGCGUAAAGAGUUGACUGAAUCAUGAUUGCGAUUGAAUAUCAGUAGUUGCGGUUUACGAGUAUUCUUUGUCUAAUGAAAGAUGUUUAUUCUGAUUUCAACGCGUUGCAUAUUUCUCAUUUCCAAAUCAACGCAUAUAGAAAUGUUGAUUGGAUGUUGCUUUCCUUAUCAUGUAUUACCCUUUGAGUGAUAUAUCAUCUUCCACGAUUCGCAAUUCACAUUUCUAUUUCUGAAUUGUAACACCAUAGCGACUUUUCGCAAGCAAAGUAUGAGAUCCAGUCUUUCUGAUAGAAUGAAUAAUAUCGCUAAAUAAUUUAUAUCGUUUGAAGGUUUUUUGUGUGCUAUUAGAUUUUUGAGUAUUAAGACUUGAGAAUGUUUGCUUAGCAAUUUCUGAAUAAUAUUCGCAUAAUAGUUGACAUUUUUUCUUCAUAAAACAAUUCAGUCACACUCGAUUCGUUUGAUGUGUUUUGAUAAAAAAGGAAUUUUUUGUUUGACACAUACUGAAGCGCAUUUUCGUGCAGUACAGAGAGGAUGUACGUGUUUCGUAUAGUAUCCGAAAUUGCCUUUAUGAAAUGCCAAAACGUUAUUGCAAAGUACCGUAGGCUGUACGUUUUUGCAGAAAAUUUAGUAUUGCAUUCAUUAUUCUAUACAAAGAUUGGCUGGAUUCCACACGUUGAAUGAACACCUCCUUUCCCUCACCCUCUUUCCUCUCCCCCCAUGUUCAGGAGAAAAGUAUUGAAGUAAUCAAAGUAGUCCUUUUGAACGAAGCAUGUGACUACUAACCACAGUUUCAGUCGGACUAAUCGCAACUUCAAAGAUCAAAUUACGUGCAAACGUUAUUCAAAAUGACUAUUCAGAUUAUGUCAAAAAAGAUAGAAGUCGAUUUCACUGGAUGUGACUCAACCUCGAUAGCAAGUUGAAAUGUCUAGACAGCUAGGGUAGACCUUAGCGCUGCAUGCAAUUAUCAAUGUGAGCGAUGGGUAGAGUAUAACAUGAGAAUGCUGUGCCCACAUGAGCGUAGUAUUAUUGUUAUUCUGAUGCGCGAUUUAAAAAAUACCCAUUGAUUGAUUUGACAGAGAAGACAAUUCAAUAGGAUAGAGUCAGCUGUUCUUUAAAACUAGCAUAGCGUUUGACAUGGGAGUGAAGUUGAGCACCCCUGACAUGACCUGACCCCGACCUGAACUGACCUUUACUGACCUGACCUUUGACCUGACCCCACUUAAAUAUUUAUAUACAUAUAUAUGAUAAUUCCGCCAUUAAUUAUUUUUUUUCAUCACUUGAAGUAAACACAAAAAAAAAGAUUAGAACAAAGAGAACAAGAAAAGAUUGAGAAAAAUAACAUAACAUUUUGAAGGCGAAAAAAAGCCACGGAAUAUUCAGAAAUUUUCAGCACUGUUUUACUUCCUUUUUUUUCUUCGAGUCAAAAACAUGGUAGUAGCCGAAUUUUGUAAAUUGUGAUAUAAAUAAUUAACGAAUGUGUAUAGGUAAUACCCCUCGCGAAGAAACCGUAAAUUCAGUAAUUAUUUUAUUUCAUCCCAUUUUUAACGGACUCUGUGAAUAUUGUGUAUUAUAAUAAUUACUAAUUAAUUAAAUUUAAAUAUGAUUUAUGUUCUAAUGUCAAACUUCUUCUACCCAAUUGUAAAAAUAAGAAAUUUUGACCAAGAGACGCUCUCAGCAUAAAGCAAUACUGCUUUCCCACUUUCUCCCCUCUGCCCCAAACAUAACUCGAAACCCAUCCAUCGUUCGUGGUAUAUUUGAAUAUAAUUGAAUUUACUUGUAUAUUGUAUAAAUGGAAACGUUCGCAAAAUCAACAAUUCAGCUCGCACAACGUGUGUGUACUUCCCUCAUCCCUUAUUCCGAGUGUAUUAUAUGACUAUGUGCACGGCUCGAAAUGCUCUUCUAUAGUUGAAAUUGAAAAGUGAAAGAAAAUGAGUCACCAAGUUAACUGGGAAAAACUGUAAUUUCAAUUUCUGGAAAUAUUUCAUUUAUAAAAAAAAGGAAAAAAAAAACAUUGUCUCUAUUGGAAUUUGAUGAAUGGAUGAAUGUCGGGUAGUUUCUGUUGAGGGUGAAUUUUGUUCGUGUAGUAUCAUUUUGUCAUCGAAUCAUUUUAGAGGACAAGUCUUUUCAAUACAAUGCAUAAUCAUCGCAUUAUGCGGCUAUAAGUUAUGCAAUACACUUAAACGUACGUGUAUUGGCAACUGAAUCUCAGUGUGUUCUUAUAACUUCAUAAUCGAUUUUGUAUUCGAAAUAAAGCGUAGAAUUGCUGUUAAUUAUUUGGUAUUAAAUUUUUGCAUUGAAAAAAAUUCUCUUCAAUUUUACAGAAAUACAAGACAUACGUCGAUUCUUUUAGGUGAUAAAAUAUUUCUAGUUUAUUACCAAUAGAGACAGAGUUGUCGAAAAAAACCCAAGUGAGUUGCGCCUACUGUAAAAUGUAAGAUAUUUCAUUUAUAUAAAUAUAAAAUAAAUAAUGAUAAAAUAAAAAAAAAAGGCCAACGACUCAAUGCACCAGAACUUUGUAUAAAAAGAAAAGGGAAAAAAUCACGAAUUUCUUUGUAAGAUAUUGUAAAUAACAAUUAAUUCAUGAAAUUGAGAAUAUCUCAGGUACCUUCUCUCCUGUCGGAGGAAUAACGACUGGCUAUCUAUAUUGAAAAAAAAAAAUACUAUAAUAAAACUAAUGAAUGCAAGUCAUGUAAAAUCAGCAAGUGGACUAGUAGCCGGAAGACGGUACUUAUUAAGUUAGAGGUAAAGCUUAGACAUCAUAUAAAAAUCUUUCAAUUUUUCAACAUACCGUCUACUUAUCCAUUGAAAGAUCCCAGUUAAUAUUUCACCAAGAGGGCAUUUCGAGAACCGCGCAUAAACGAAUUUGACGUCACACACCACAACCGGACUGACAGACAUUCCAGCCACCCUUCGUUGACAGGAUUAACACACGAAUUAUAAAUAUUAAAUGAACAUAUAUAUAGUAUAAGGAAUACAGUUCCUUCAUUUGUAAAUCACGCGUCAUCUGUAAAUUAAAAAAAACGCAUUUUUUAUCGCAUUAUUAUCUCGUCGGAGUAAACCAACUGAAAAUCGAACGCAAAAUCUCUCUCAUGUCUUAUUACUAAGUAUAUUAUUAUUAUUAUGUUAUAAAUAUUAUUUCAUUAAUGCCUCCUUCUAUUGUUUAUUCAUUAUUACUAUUACUAAUCACUAGGAAUAUAUAUAUAUAUAUACAUAUACAUAAGCAAGCCCACUACAUAACACUUUAUAAAUAUGAUAAUAUAGACACCCUGACCUUACUUAAUGUUUAGUAUGAACGUUAGUGGAACAUUAAUAUCUAAUUGCUAUGUCUUUAUCUACUUAAGCUCCUUCAAAUUACUAACAAUUUUGAGUAUAAAUAGUGUAAAUUUUUUAUAUAGAGUGAAAAAAAAAUUUUUGGCCAUUACCCUAACAGAGGCAUGGCCAUGUAUAAAAACUGCAUUUAAUACACAGCCUUUCAAUCCAUCAAUUUCUUCAUUAUUUUAUGCCUGAUUUGCAAUGUUACAUCACGUAACAAGAAAUCCUCUGCAGUUUGAUGCAUUCUUUCGAUAACUUGAUCAAUUUUAGUUACGUUAUUCAAAAUACUCUGCAUUAUUUGAAAAUGUUUCCAAUCGUUCUGAGACCUGGACGUCAGCCUGAUUAAACUUCAAUAACAUUAUCACGUAAUAAAAGUGUUUGGCAAUCGAAAUUCCAUAGCUUCAUUCAACCAAGGAUAAUCAAUGAGAUAGCGUAGUCAUCUGAUCCUCGAAUGGAACCAUAAGUCAUUAUCUAUUUUGACUUUGUGGCGUCGUUACUAAGGCUACAAACAUUAAUUCUGAUUUGUGAUUAGAUAUUCACAUUACAAAAAUAAUUCAGAGCAUCGAUUCUUGUAACUUGUGAAUCAGGCAUCAUUUUUCUGGUGUUAAGCUUUCACUAAUGUCAAUGAACCAUGAAAUUAUUUGUAUUGAAAAUGAUGAUUCGAUUAAAGCUAGGCAAAAUUUAUUAUAACAUAAAUUACUAGUUGAAUUUGCUGUAUUGUAGUCAGCUGUGUCGACAUACCUUGACUCUCUUAAUACGGAGAUAGGCGCCUUUGUGUGAAGUAAUUGUUCGCUGUAUAGUUUAUAAAUUAUGUGUAAAACGAAAUAUUGAAAUUCACAUACUCAGUUGGUUUUUUGCCCAGUGAUUCCCAUAUGACGCGUAUCGUCUUUAUGUCAGUCAGUUAGAUACUGAAAAACUUCUUGUACAUUCUCACUAUAAAGUCGAACGCAUUUCACUUACAAUUGCAAAUAUAAAAUCAUUGAUUCUUCUGCAAGGGGCUUCGCAUUUAUUAAAUGAAAUUGUCUUAAUAUUUUGCUUUUAAAUUUUUACCAAAUUUUUAACUAUAAAAAAUCAAUUUGACUGAUGAAAUUCUUCUUAUGGCAUAUUAAUAACGCGGCAUUAGUCAAGCAAUGGUUGUGAGAAAAAUCUUCGAGUAUUAUGUAUUAUUCUCAGGCUGUAUGUAUGCCAAUUUCUUAUGCAAGCAGUGCUUUGCCGAUUCAUGGCCGCAAGGCUUUUUUUAGUGUAGAGACUUCCUGUGUUGAGAUGUGACAGGGCAGUUUCAGAAAAUGAAGUUGAAGGCUCUCUUCGUUAAUAAAUAUGGUGCCUCGCUUUGCACAAGUUAUUGAUGUUAUUUUUUUUUUUCGUUUUUUUUUCACCAUGCCAGAUACAGGAUUCAUAAAAAAAAUACAUACUUUUUGCGAACCCUCGAAUGUAGCGGGUGCUCUCAUCUCAAAGAGUCGCAUACUCUUACAUAACACUUUGAAAUAUUGAGUAAAAUAUAAAUACUAAUUAUAUAUAUGGAUAUGUAGAUAUGGAUAUCUAUAUAUGUAUGUAUCUAUAUAUCUAUACCUAACUUUAAUCUAUCGAUAUGAUAUAAGUACUAUUUAAAUAUUGUAACAAUUGUAUAUGAUUUUACUACACGCUAAUUGUAUUAUAAAAGAUCUGCGACCUCCCACUUGUAGACACCCACUGGUCUGUCUGCCAUGGCGUUGGACUCAGUUAUAAAAAAAGUUUUUUCUUUUUUUUUUUAAAUCUUGAAAGUAUGGGAAUGGUGCGCCCUGAUGUUAAGACUGAUGUACAGUAGCGCGCUAUUCUCUUAAUCACAUAUUCCAAUACACAACAUAUAAAUGAACUCUUAGAGCUAAUCAAUAACAGUACUGGUUCACUCUAUGCUGCUAAUUAAACUGUAGUUGCUGUCUCUCGAAACUACAUGUCAAAAUACAUUGUGUAUACGGUUAAUAGCGAGGUAACUAUAAUUCUUCAAAACGAAAAAGAUCAUGUGCAAAAAUUUGAUUGCAAAAUCUUCCAAUGAUAUUGUUGUGUUUGGCAACUGAAAAGCAAUUGAUAAAAAUAGUGUUUCGGACAACUUGUACAGAUUGUGUUCCGCUAAACAUACAUAACUUUUUCAAAAGUCAAUUACAUUUUUGAAUUUGUUAUUUCGAGCGACAAGCAUACUGGUUGUAAGUUUAGCGGCGCGUAAUUAUGAACCAGGAAUGUUUAAUGUAUGAUCGAGAGAAGCAGUAUAUUUGAAAUAGUAACUAAAUAAAUAAGUGGGAUGGACAGGUAUAUGGAAAAUUGCAUAACUUGUAUAUUAGUGUAUAGUAUGUAGAAAGAUGAAAUAGCCACAAAAAUCAUUUUCGACAAUGUUUUUUACAACAGGCAGAGCAGUGUGAGUAGAUAUGUUAUUGUCACAAUUCAAAAAAAAAAAAAAAAAGAAACAAAAAAACAAGCAAUCAAAGGCAGUUCAUAAUGUACUAGCGAAGUUUUUCACUCACCUGGUAUAGGUCUGGAGGUUUUAAAUUUAGCCCAAUAAAAGUCAAUGUCCGAGCAUAUAGAAAAUAUGGAUCUAAAACAUGAACAUUUUUACAUGAUCAAAGAGCGAAGCAAUCCCUUAAUGGACAAUAAUUGAGUUUAUUCGAUCCGUUCUUUUUUUUAUUUUAUUGAGUUUUCGUUUCCUUGUUUUUGACACCAACUAAUAGAUGCGUGUCUCAUAAGAGAAGAGUGUUGAAUACAGUACUAUUAAUACGGUAUGAUGCAUUUCACAAUUGACGGAUAAAGUUAUAAGUACAAUUGCAUCAUCCUCGUCGCGAACUUGUGAAGAAAGUUUUUUCAAACAUCAAAUGCACGGUGUAAUUAACACACGUAAAAUAUUAAAUUCCCUCGAACAUUUGUUAUUGGUUGAAUCUAACAAUUUACGAGUGCCUAGCACAUUUCAUGAAUAAAUUUCGUUGACUGAUUGUACAUGAAUCGACAUUCAUAUCUACGUUUCGAUAAUAUUGAUAUUCAACAUUGUUUUCCUGUGUGUUCUUUUAUAAUCGUAGAGCUCAGAUUUAUUUGAAUUGCAUUUCACUUGUUAGUCUGUCAUGAGUGUCAGGUAUUUUUAGUGUUACUUAGCAGCCAAACUUAGACAUACUUUUCACAUUGCGCUUUUUGCGCGUCCAAUAAUCGAAUAUUAUUUUCAGUUUAUUUUAUUUAUUCUUUUUUUUUUCUAUUCCGAUAGAGUUCCAACUGCAUUUUACACAGAUGAUUAGAUGAAAUUACUGUCUAUCGAGUUCUUAGAGUUAUUUAGUGCAGGCUUCACGUAAGCCAUAUGAAAAACCACAUUUGAUAAUUGAUGAAGUUAUAAAUAAUCCAUUAAUCAAGUUACAAAUACUUCGGUAUAGUCAUAAAUAAUGUUUGUUUUUACUACGAGAGCAGAUUACGAUGUAGAUGCAGUUAUAAUUAAUCAUUAUAAUUUUUAGUUGUAUCGUUUAAUAUCGCUUUAGUUUUGUUUUUUGUACGCAAUGAUUAACUAUCUUAGAUCUUAUUUAUUGUCAAUCCUACCAUUUAACUCAAAACUUAAUUGCACGUAAGAUAAUUUGGGUUGGGAAACCUUAAAGAGGACGUUGCUAUGAAUAUACUAUAAAUAACCAUGAUAUUCGAGAUUGUUUUUUCAUUUUUUCUCAUCCCUGCUAUAGUUUAUGAGAGCAUUUUUUUGUGACAAUAUUUAAAUCAAUUCUUCUGACUGUUCAAAGAAACCUUUCUUUUUUGUUAAUGUGAUUAUGAAUAUUGGAUUGAAUUGUACUCCCCGGGUAUGAGAGUCGCAUGCAAAAGUAUUAGUGGACAGAGAAGACUUGCCGUUCUAAGAAAAAUUUCAAGCAGUUAAUGAAUUGCCAAGGUCUAUUACAUAUUGAAAUUCGUGAGACGAUUCUCAAUACGUCGGACAUUUCGUAUAUCCAUAGAAACGUUUCUGGAAUUCUCUUAGAGUCAAACAACGCAAAUAGUUGUGCCGAUCUGUUUUGAUUUUAUACAGCAUAUUUCAUUCAUAGCUACAUAACACGCUCCACACACAGAUAUAUACACAUAAGCAUUUUAAAAAAUGGUAAUGAAUUACGGUAGUCCUAAAUGUAACAUGUAUAUGAUGGCUGUACAAAUGUAACAUUUUUUUCCAUUGUGUAUGAUGAAGUUUUGGAGGUAAAAAAAAAAAACUAAAAUACAAAAAAAAAAUAAUAAAAUAAAAGUAACGGAAUAGUUGGGAAAAAGACGCAUGUGCGAUGAUCGAUAUUGUUUCGACGAUACAUCGGUCAAUUGAUGUACCCGCAAGUGAUUUACCAAUAAAUAUAAUUACUCUUAA